AUGACAGCACUGGAGCGAUCGCUGUCCGGCCAUACGAUGUUUCCAGUCAAAAACAUUUAGGACCAAAGCAUGGAAACUGAAAGUAAAUCAUGAAAGUGGCAUAGGUCCAAAAGUCACAAGAAGACACGGGACAUGGCUACGAGCGUCUUCCUUUUUGUGGCGUUCAAUCUAGCCAUUCUAUGUGUCAAUGGAAACCUGGUCUCAGAAAGGUCUUUCUCAAUUGACUACAAUAAAAAUUGUUUUCUGAAAGAUGGACAGACUUUCCAGUACAUCUCAGGCAGCAUCCACUACUCCAGGAUCCCCAGGGCCUACUGGAAAGACCGGCUUUUGAAGAUGUACAUGACUGGACUCAAUGCCAUUCAAGUAUAUGUACCAUGGAACUUCCACGAGUCAACACAGGGGGUUUACAACUUCACAGGAGACAGAGACUUGGUGCACUUUUUAGAUUUGGCCAAUCAGACAGGACUCCUGGUCAUUCUGCGCCCAGGGCCUUACAUCUGUGCAGAAUGGGAAAUGGGGGGACUUCCUGCAUGGUUACUUCAGAAGCCAAACAUCAUUCUUCGAUCAGCUGACACAGAUUAUCUACAAGCUGUUAGCAACUGGCUUGCUGUUCUUCUCCCUAAAGUCAAACCCUGGCUCUACAUCAAUGGAGGAAAUAUCAUAACUGUGCAGGUGGAAAAUGAAUAUGGAAGUUACUUUGCCUGUGACUAUAACUACAUGCGGUAUCUCCGUGCUCUGUUCCGUUUCUUUCUGGGUGAAAACACAGUCUUGUUCACCAUUGAUGGCAACACAGACAAGGAAAUGACAUGUGGUAGUUUGGAAGGAUUAUACGCCACAGUGGACUUUGGCACAGACACGAACGUAACAGAAGCUUUUGAAAGGCAGAGACGAUUUGAACCCAGAGGUCCAUUGGUGAAUUCAGAGUUUUACACUGGUUGGUUGGACCACUGGGGAGACUCACAUGCCAUGGUCAGCACUGAAAAGGUCAUUCGAAUGCUGGCAGAGAUGCUCAUGAUGGGAGCCAAUGUCAACAUGUACAUGUUUGAAGGAGGCACCAACUUUGGAUACUGGAAUGGUGCUGACCAUGACAGGCGGUAUCGCUCUGUUGUGACCAGUUAUGAUUAUGAUGCCCCCCUGUCUGAGGCUGGAGACCCCACAGAUAAACUGUUGGCUAUCAGGGAAGUCAUUAAAAUGGUUAGAGAUGUUCCUCCUGGAUCUAUGCCACCUGCCAUUCCCAAGUUUGCUUAUGGAUUUGUAACACUUAAAAAGGUUGGUAAUAUUAGCUCCGUCUUGAGCACCAUCUCACCCACGGGGCCUGUAAAAUCUCAGUAUCCUCUGGCUUUUGAAGAGCUCAAACAGUACUAUGGUUUCGUGCUGUAUCGGACCACACUGCCCCGGGACCUCUACGAACCCACACCACUUAUCUCUCCUCUCAAUGGAGUUCAUGACCGCGCAUACGUGUCUGUCAAUGGGGUUUAUCAAGGUCUAUUGGAGAGAGACAUUGUGCUUGUAACAAAUGUGACUGGAAAGCAGGGGGACACUCUGGACAUUUUUGUUGAAAACAUGGGCAGGGUGAACUUUGGCAGCAAGAUCAAUGAUUAUAAGGGCAUUCUGAGUAACCUGAUUUUGGGUAAAGAUGUACUGACAGACUGGAAUAUCUAUCCUCUGAACAUUGAUGAAGCCAUAGCUGGUGGAUGGCCUCAUUCAGAAAGUUUCAAGCCUAAAUCUCCCAUAAAGAAAGAACAGUUAUUUGGACCAACAUUCUAUAUGGGCACCUUGCAGCCCAACGGUCUAACCUGGGACACAUUUCUCAAACUCCAUGAGUGGACAAAGGGACAAGUAUGGAUCAAUGGUGUAAACCUGGGUAGGUACUGGCCUGCACGAGGGCCACAGCAGACCCUCUAUGUCCCAGGAUCCCUGAUCAGCCCCACUCAGACCAAUAACAUCACGGUUCUGGAGCUGGAGAGAGCACCCACACAUCUUAAAGUUCUGUUUAUGGACCGGCCUCUGCUCAAUGUCACUGCCAAUCGAUCCUGACAGCACAAAUUAUGCUAAAGCUGAAAUCUAUUUUGUGCUUUGGUAUAAACUAUAUGUACUUGAAUGUAUACAAAUUUCCCUCCAUGCUGCCUUUUGCCAUAUGAUUACUUUUAUUGUUUUAUAUAUUGCAAAGAUGACAAGACUGUAAAAAGAUCAGAAAACAUUUUACAUUUUAAUGCAUUUGAUGAUUUUUUUUUAUGAUGAGAUAAAUGUUACA